CCUGCUGAUAUUUCCCUAUCUGUUGUUGUGGAUAUAAAACCAUUCAUUGUAAUUAAUCGUUGUUUUUCUUUGAUUUGUUCAAGACUACUUUUGUUUACUUUAUCGUGCCGAUAAAGUAUGAGUUGUUUGGGAUCUACUUUAACAUUAUAUGGGGGUGAGGGGUGAGGGUUUUUUUCUCCUCACCAUUGUCAUUGCUUACUUCUGAAUGAAUACACCUCGCUCUUGCUAUCUUGUGUGAAAAGAGCGAGGUGAGUGUCGAAGAUUGACGGACUAGAGUUUGAUUCAAAUAACGGACAACAGCAGAACUAGUGUUACGCUAAAAAGUAACUUAGUUGCUUAUCUUCGGAGGCUUCAUCGAUGACGAAGAACAAUGAAUCAUCAAACAAGAGAUAAAGCAUCGUCACAAGCACUUUCAUCCAUUGUCAAUGAUUAUUCAACACCACUGUCGUAAGACGAUCUGAACAUCGUGGCACGAUCCGCAGUUGUUUUCGAAACAACGGAUCAUCUGGGAAGGAAAAUGAGAGAAAUUAACCACCAGAAAUUAACUUUAUCUCGGUUUACUUUUACAUCAUUAUCCUUGGACACCAAUACCUUUCUUGAAGUCGCUUUAGUUCCUUUAUUCCCUCUGUUGCAACAGUACUAUAACUGCCAUCCUCUCACCCACACUCUCAUCCUUAUCAACCGUUCACGCUCACCCUCACACUCUCACCCUGAAAAAAACUACCUAGGAAAUACUUUUCUGUCGAUUUUUCAUGGAUUUUUCCUAUGUGUUUAGUAUUCGACGAUUAUUUGAGUGAUAACAAACUCAAAAAGAAAUCUCACAGACACGAAUAUUGCUUGAAAUUUCGCGCUCGACAAAACCCAUAUGCUUUCAUCGAGAUUCGAGAUAGUCAUGUAUAUGGUGGUACAGAUCCCACGGAAUUACCCAGCUCAGGUUUAUCGAAAUCUUCAUACAAUACCGAUGAUAAUGACGAAAAUGCUCUAGAUGAUGAAGCUUUUGAAGUGGAAACUGGAUGUGAUGAUGAUCAUCUAAUUCUUUGCAAUAGAUGUAUUGAUUAUCAAAUGCGAUCACCUUUGCUCAACCACGUGUGCCUCUAUUCUUUUUUCUCAGAAUACCGGAAAGCGAAGAUGACAUUGCGUGACAAGGAUUUACUACAAGGUGACAAUCAAUCAGCAACAACCAUACCUCGCGGUCGACCAUUGAAUGAUCGAUGGGUAUUUCGUGCUGCUCAUUCUCAGUAUUCUACUCAUAUACUCAUUCGUCGUUCGUUUGCUGUGGUUCCGGUUUUAGUUGGUCCUGUUAUCCCUCGUGAGGAUCGUGAAGAUACUGCAGAGAGAUGCGCACGAGCUAUCUUGACACUAUUCUUGACACUAUCCUUGGACGACUGCAGUUGA